CCUUGUGGUUCUGUGCAAUGAAAAUUAAAUAAAGUGUAACCCUAAGUCUUUGUACUUGCACAGUUGUACACAGAUAUAGAGGUAUAUUUUUGGUUGCCUCAAUAUCCCAGUCAGUUCAAGAUAAGAUCUUGGUCGUGAUCCGUGAUCCACCCCACACCUCACCCCCCACCCCCAAUACGUCAUGGUGCGUUUUUUUAAUAAAAAAAAAAAAAACAACCCAAAAAUCAACCCCACUCAGAUGCACUACGGCUCCACCUCUCCCUCCGCCAACAACAGUGACAAGAUGAGGUAAUCCCUGGAUGAGGGCUUUAAAAGGCGAGUCAGUAUCCCUUGCUCUUAACGCUCUCAUCACUUCUGCAAAUUCUUGUGUAAGCAGUCUACAAAGGCUCUGAUUGCAAUGGGCCACAAACCAGCAGAGGCUGUUACCAGGAAUGCAGUGGUGAACAUGACAUGUGUAGAGGAACCGGCUCUGAUUCUCAUCAGACAUUGUCAGGACAUGAAGAAGCAGGAGACUCGACUCAGAUUUAUCACCCUUCUGCUGCUGCUGGGCUGUGGAUCACUGUUCCUCUACAUCAGCUGUGCUGUGCUCUGGUUCCACAGAGAGCCUGCUGGUACUGAGCACACGACCACUGGUGUGCGGAGCUCAGCCUAUUCCAGACAGGAAGGCCCCCCCGAAACCCAGGUCUCUAAUAGAGAAAAUAGGCCAUUCCACAUCUACCUACAGUCUGUACCUUUCAAAUGUACGAAGGGUAUGCACGACCUGGAAUGGAACGAAGACUGCAGUCCGACGUACGACAGCCAAAGACGAGCCAUCAAGAUCCCUUACGCAGGAGCCUACUUCAUUUACACCAGAGUCAUGUUGUCCUGCGUAGUCUGUAAUUUCAAAAGCUUCAGCAUAUUUGCCAUGGAGGUGGACAUUUGGAACAAGAACUCGAAUGCAAAUCGUCCAAUACUUGUCCAGGACAGCAUGAACUGUCAGCAGGACGGCUUCAAGAACAUCUACAUGGGCGAGCUCUUCGACAUGUCUGAAGGAGAUCACAUAACUGUACGGGUUAAGAAUGGCACACAGCUGAUCAAAACAGCCUUUUUUGGGGCUCAUAUGAUAUCUUAGUUGGUAUUGCGCAAAUGGAUGUUGAUUAACCAUUCAACAGUCAGAGAAAUUCCAGGUUUUCUUUCUUUCUUUCUUUUUUUUUUUGCAUUUUGCACUUAAACUAAACUAAGUUUAUCAAGCGUUCAUGUGUUUAACAUUAACAAUAACUUUAACAAUAACUAUGUAUUUUAUUCUUACAAUAUUUAAAAUGUUCCAAAUGUAUUAAACUUAUCUAUGCUAUUAGAGAUAGCUAUUUAAAUUGCAUCUGGAAUGUUUGGUAUUGGAAUUUUGUAUUGAGAGCCACAUGGUUUAUGACGGAAAAGCUGGGGAGCCAUCUACAUGAUGGAUGGCUUUUAUGCUAACCAGGUCCUGUGAGUUUCUCCUUUUUUAACUAGUUGGUGUCUAGAUAAAUUAACAGACAGACCUCAAGCUAACUUGCUACUCUCAUUGCUGCACUAACUAGGGAGCGUCAAGAUGGAACAGUAGAUAGAUGUUAGACUAACUUAGCCAGAUUGUUGGUAGCCUAGAGUUACCGUUCUACUGAUAGCCCACUGCAACAUAUUGUACUGCCACACAGAUGCCAGCAAAUGCUAACAUUAAUGGUCUUUUAUGUUUCACAGAAAAUGGUGGGUAUUUUUAUUAUAAUUAAAUAUAUUUAUUAUAUAGUGUUUAUACUAACUUGGGUCUGGGUUAGAUUUUAGGUUAGAUUUUUUAAAUACAUAUUUUAUAUAUUUAGAAUGAACCUUUUUAUGAAUGCAGACAUUCAUUUUUGGAGACUGACUAAGAUGAGAUUAUUGUCAAUAAAGAUCAAGAUUUCAGUUA